AUGCCUAACUAUACCCUGUCAGGGGAAUCUGAGAAGCUAAGUUAUAUCAAAGCACCUCUGGCGUCGUGUUAUGGUGAUGAUGCAAUAUUUAUCGAAUACAAAGGGAAGCUAGCUUCCAUUGUUCCGGAUACCAUUAUGGUCGUUUCCAAAGAUUUGAUAUGCGCCAACAAGGCUGGUGAGCUCAUCCUGGCCCCAACGAUGCUCUCACGCCAUGCUCAACCUUUUUACAUCUUCUACUACAAUGUUGAAACACAAACAUCAGAAGAGUCGGCUCCUUGGAAUUGGAGACGAUCAAGAGUUUAG